AUGGAUGAUUAAGUUUCAUUAGUAAAAUAUUUUGCAGAUGUAAGUAAAUUGGUUACUAUUUGUUAUAAAUUAUCAUUAGAGAAACAAGAUUUAUUAAGAAAAACUUAAUGUUAUCCAGAAAAUAAAUCAUAGAAUGAAUAGAAAAUUCCAUCAUAUGAAUAGUUCCAUAAACAGUCUAAAUUUAAUGAUGAUAAGAUUCUGGAAUCCUAAAAGAGGAAAUAAGAUAAAUAAAAUAAAAAAAGCAAAUUAAGCAAGACAAGAUCAAGUAAAAAUUUCUUUUAGAGAUAAAUUAAAACUAGUUCUAAUAAAAUGUAAAAAGAAAACAAAACAUUUAAUUGUCUAGAAUGUGAUAAGAAAUAUUAUCAUUUAUAAUCAUUGAAAAGACACAUUAAAUUUAAUCAUUAAAUUAUUAAAUUAAAAAAUUUAAGAGAAGAAUGA